AUGUGUUACUUUCAUGAUCUCACAAAACAAUUUAUCCGAACUGUGAGUACAUGGACUAAUCUCAGCUUCCGCUGUUUUGUGUCGGAUGUAGACGGUCAUGUAAUUAAGGGUGUCUGGAUUAUUUGUGCGUUGAAGCGAAGAAGAAAUGAAAAGAAUAAAGAAAGAAAGGAGAAUAAGGUCCGACCCAUAUAG